CUAAUUUGUUUUCACAAUACAACAACGAAACUAUGUACUCAUCAUAUGGUAGCAGCAGCUCUGGCACAACCACUUUAAAAUACCGAAUCAAAUUUGGUGGACGAACAAUUGAAACAACAGUGACUGAUAAAGCUGCUAUUGCCAAUGAAUGGGCAGCUGAAAUGCUCUCCAAAUAUGCUGGAAAAGACACAGUUGUUGGUUUAGACAACGAAUGGAGACCUAAUUUUAGUCCAUAUAGAAGCAACAAAACAGCUACACUCCAACUUUGCAUCGACGAUAGGUGUCUGAUAGUGCAGUUGUUUUAUUUGGAUGAAAUCCCACAAACCCUAAAAACAUUCUUGACUAAUCCUAACUUUAUAUUUGUGGGAGUUGAGGUUGCUGAAGAUAUUCUUAAACUAAAGAAUGAGUAUAGGUUGGUUUGUAGUAGAAGUGCUGAUAUUCGUGAUGUUGCUAAGAAUACGUGGCCAGGCAGAUAUUGUCGUCCUGGAUUGAAAGACCUUGCUAAAGAUAUAUGUGAUCUUUAUAUGGCUAAGCCAAAACAUGUGUGCAUGAGCAAUUGGGAGGCAAGGGUUCUUAGUGAAAGCCAAGUUGAAUAUGCAUGCAUUGAUGCUUAUGCUUCCUACAAGAUUGGUCACAAGCUUCUUAUGGAAAUGUGAAGUUAUUAUAUAUAUAACAAGUUAAGUAAGAGUUUUAGAUUAAUGUGGUGGUCUUUAAUUUCUUUUGCAUGGUUUGCUAGUAAUUAUUGUCUUUUGUAAGGUUUCUUCGGCGACGUCCGAAUUUUAAGUAUUUCGUUUUAUAUUAUUUGGCUGUUGAUGUUAUUCGUAAGAAUAUGAGUUUUCAUUUGUCAAAGUGGUUUAUUAUUC